AUGCCCAACGAAGUUGAGGACAAUAGUGCCGAUUUGUCAGACCAUCUGACUGAUAAUGAGGACGAGAACGAGUCCCCAAGCAAGGACGACGACAAGAUGACUGAUGCUAAGAAGAAGUAUGACCCCAAGGAUCCCCAACGACCUAGGAGAAAGAAGGCUCGUAGAGCUUGCUUUGCUUGUCAGAGGGCUCACUUAACAUGCGGGGAUGAGCGGCCGUGUAAGCGUUGUAUUAAGCGUGGUUUGGCCGACGCAUGUCAAGAUGGCGUGCGUAAGAAGGCUAAAUAUCUCCACGAUGCGCCGCCUGAAGCGCUACGACCCGUACUUGGGCCCAACUAUGACCCAGACGCUGACCGUGUCCGAACCAACGGUCAACGACAAAACUCAACCCAGUCCGACACGGUAUCUCCGGUGACGGGAGGCAAUGCCUUCCUCCCUCAAAGUAAUGGGGCGUCAUUUCCUGUCUUCUCAGCUGCUAAUCAACCGCAAGUCGGCAUGUCAGACAGUCUGCCAUUCAAUACACAAGGGCCAUCGACCUUCCAGGCCAAUGCACAGGCGCCGGGGCCACAAAUAGAUAAUAUGAUGCAGGGCAAUGCUCUGGAUUUCAACGCUUUGUUUGACCCGAGCAACCCAGCACUAUACAACUUUGACUUGGAAGGCCUCAACUUUGGCAGUCAGUAUGCGGGGUGGGAGUUUGGUAUAUUGAAUAAGAUGGGAUUGGCCGCAGAAACACCUCCGCGAGAAAACUCUAUCUCGGCUACGCCAACGACCGAGGCUAACUAUGCCGCCUUGUUUGGUAAUGGGCCAAACCAACCGUUUGAUACUAUGAUGGCGGGAAGCGAUUACUCUGGGGUGGAUUCCAACAACAACAUUUACACCCAAGGCAACCUGCAACACGGCCUGCCACAUGCAUAUGCUAUUGCAGCGGGACCAAACAGUCUUGCCAGCCCCAGUACGGAUGCUACUGCGAGCCCGCAGGCAGGGCUCGAUGGAUCGCCACACACGACAUUUAACAACUUGCCGAGUGUAGCGAGCGCAAACCGAAUGAAGCCCAAGCAGGACAAGAUCUCACAAAUUCUCAUGGGAAAGAGACAGCGAGACUCUGCCUCUGUUUAUGCCAACGUCAAGGAGCCAUAUCCUUACACAGCCGGGUUUCACAACAUGGUGUCUGUUAUUAAGCACCGGCUGCCGAUGAAUAAGCUUGUCACGAUUGCGAGGUCAUUGGGAGAGAUUCGCCCCUCCUUCAUUGCGUGUACAAAGGAUUUGACGAGGGAAGAUUUGCUGUUCAUGGAGAAAUGCUUCCAGCGUACGCUUUUUGAAUUUGAUGACUUUCUACAACACUGCUGUGCGCCGACGAUUGUAUGCCGGCGCUCGGGUGAGGUUGCUGCAGUCAACAAGGAGUUUACAGCUUUGACAGGUUGGACAAAGGACGUGCUCCUUGGAAAAGAGCCGAACCGAAACGUGUUUGUUGGACCAACACCGCAGGGAUCUGAUGACGGGACGGAAGGUAACACACGGUCGGAUGCCACGACACCACGGCUCAAGAAUGCGACCCUGGAGCCGAAUGGUGGGAGACCCCAGCCCGUGUUCCUAGCAGAAUUACUGGAUGAUGACAGUGUUGUUCAAUUUUACCGCGACUUUGCGCAACUUGCUUUUGAGGACAGUCGAGGCAAGGUUCAGAGAAGCUGCAGCCUAAUCAAGUACCGGACGCAAGAGAUGCUGGACGGCAAAGAGGCGCCAACGCAGCGAGACCGAACGGGUAUUCUCAGCAGUCGUGUCACCAAGAUUGACAGCGAACAUGGCAUCUCCCGCAUCGAGAAGGAUGGCAAGGUUAACUGCACAUAUUGCUGGACAAUUAAGCGAGACGUGUUUGAUAUCCCCAUGAUGAUUAUAAUGAAUUUUUUACCUCGGUAUUAUCCGAACCAAGAACCCCACCAGCUUGCUGUAUAG